AUGGAUGCCGGGAUCGGGGCGAGGGUAGGCGACACCACAAAUGGCGACGGGGACGACGCCGAUACCAAUCUCUUGGACCCCACCGGCCCACCCCAGACGUUUGACACACGGUUCAGCUCCAUGGCGAACCUUUCAGACGCGGAAAACGGAGGUCUCGAUGGCUUGGAUGGGUCCCCGGCUCGUAGCACCGAUUCAGACCGGGGGGUGAGACCUGAACCUCACGAGAACCGCGCCGACACCCCAGGUUGUGAGGAAAGCGGGGGGAGUGAGAGGCCCCAUCAGCGAGACGGGGAGGGGGCGAUCACAACCGGGGUUCCGGACUGCUACCGCGCCAACACUGGAGACGGGAGGACAAGGUCGCCCACAGGCGGCGGCGGGAGGGCAGAGACGGUUCCUCGACAAAAAACGACCAAGCAGCGUAAGAAUACGGUGUCAUCAUCGAAGCAGCUGCUACGUGUCGAGGGUCGAGGCGGGUCGUUCGAGGAGGAGCACGCGGCCUCCCUCAUCCAGAGGAGCCACCGUAGAGCGGCGGCGAUCAGGCGCGCGAGGAACGAGCACGAGCGGUCUUUUCAGAACCAGCAGUUCAUGUUCGGACCAGGGUUUCAGCAGCAGCAGCAGCAGCAGCAGCAGAAGCCCUGCAGCCGGGCCACCAGAGACAGCGGGGGCGAGAGCGGCAAACACUCGGCAAGCCAGGAACGACGCCGCGACACGGUAUCCCUCACCCCAAGCGAGGAAGAAGAAAGGCACAAGAGCAGCAGCCUCGCGGCCAAGGCGGCGGCGGCGGCGGCGGCGGCGGCAGCGGUAUCUGUUCCAAAACUACCGAUCGAUUCGUCGGCCUUUUCUUCUUCUUCUGCCGUCGGUGGUGGGGUUCGAAGGGCAGCUCAGAGGGAGCCCCUGGCGAUUCUCCGGCAGCUGAGAGACGACCCCGAGGUCCAACCGAAGCCCAAGACGGACCAGUUCAGGCUGCGGGUGACCACCAAGUCGGCGAUCGAGGCCCACAUCAGGAAGACGGGGGCGGCACGGCGCAAGCCCCACCCGCUCCCGACCGGGCCUUCCUGGAGGAAGGCCGCGACGCCGAUGAAGCGAGUAGCGGCAACACGGACCGCGCUCACGAAGCCCCGGGCCGUGUCGCCGCUGCACAGGAGCGUGCGACAGGUCAACACGUUCAUCGCGGCGACGGACAGGCAGCGGAUACAGCCGCCGUCCGCCGCGGCGCGGCGGGCGCACUCGGCGCCGCCGAGCAGGGCGACGGGCCGGCUCAGGUGCGCCAUUUUUGCCGCCGAGACGAUGGUGGAGCGCGAGUACGCGCUCGCGGAGAGGCGAAACUCUCUGCUGGGUCCCGACGACUCGCCGGCGGACGACGAGCUGUCGAGAGACUUGCUUGCGUCGCCGCUUUUGGUGCCUUACAAGCCCUCGGCUUGA